AUGGCCGCGGGCGGCGGCAGCAGCAGCAGCAGCAGCGCUGAGGAGCGGACCUACCGCCGCUUCUUGGAGGCUUUCCUGGGCGACCCUUGCCCGCCGGUGCCGCUGCCUCCGCUGCCCUCGCUGCCCCGGCCGCUCUCGGAGCACAUCACGGAGGAGGAGGUGGAAGGCGAGUGCCUGGACCUCUGCCUGCAGCAGCUCUACAAGUACAACUGCCCUUCUCUCCUGGCGGCAGCGUUAGCCCGGGCAACGGCGGAUGAAGUCCUGCAGAGCGACCUGUCCAAUCAUUACCUGCCCAAACAUGAGGACAGUCCAGAUGGGAUCAUACAGGUGGAGACAGAGAAAUUGGCCCGCACCGUGUUCACCAAGCUUCACGAUAUCUGCAGCGCCUGGGUGAAGGAUUUCCCGCUGCAGACGAAGCCGUUUCGUUACUACGAGACAUCGAUCCACGCCAUUAAGAACAUGCGACGCAAGAUGGAAGACAAACACGUCUGCAUUCCAGACUUCAACACCCUCUUCAACCUGGAGGAUCAAGGGGAGCAGGCCUAUUUUGCCGUCUUCGACGGCCACGGAGGAGUGGACGCUGCCAUUUACGCCUCCAUUCACCUGCACGUGAAUUUGGUGCACCAAGAAGCGUUCCAGCACGACCCGGCUGAAGCCCUCUGCAAAGCCUUCCGGGUGACGGACGAACGUUUUGUGCAGAAGGCAGCCAGAGAGAGCCUGCGAUGUGGCACCACAGGUGUCGUGACAUUCAUCCGAAGGAACAUGUUGUACGUGGCCUGGCUGGGAGACUCGCAAGUUAUGCUUGUGAAGAGGGGCCAGGCGGUAGAAUUGAUGAAGCCUCAUAAGCCAGACCGGGAGGAUGAGAAGAAACGCAUCGAGGCCCUUGGAGGCUGUGUGGUCUGGUUUGGAGCGUGGCGAGUCAACGGAAGUCUGUCUGUCUCCAGAGCCAUUGGUGAUGCAGAGCACAAGCCAUAUAUCUGUGGAGAUGCAGAUUCUGGAUCCACAGUGCUGGAUGGAUCAGAGGAUUACCUCAUUCUAGCCUGCGACGGCUUCUACGACACGGUGAACCCCGACGAGGCGGUGAAAGUGGUGGCCGACCACCUGAAGGAGAACAACGGGGACAGCAGCAUGGUAGCCCACAAGUUGGUGGCUUCCGCUCGAGAUGCCGGCUCCAGUGACAACAUCACCGUCAUUGUGGUCUUUCUCAGAGACAUGAGCGCCGCUGUCAGUGUUGACGAGGAAUCCGAGUGGACCGAGAACUCUUUCCAAGGCGGGCAAGAGGACAGCGGUGACGACAAAGAGAACCAGGGAGAUUGCAAGAGACAGUGGCCUCAGCACCAGGUCUCGGCGCCUGCCGAUUUGGGCUACGACGGCAGAGUGGAUUCCUUUACAGACAGAACUACCUUGAGCGCCGGUUCCACCAUCAACAUCUUGGAAGAGCCUGGCUGCUUAGACCUGAGGAAAACAGAAGCGGGCAAACUCCACAGCGCCAAACGCCUUUCUCCAGAUCAAGUCUUCAGUGCUGGCGUACCAAAGAGGGCGAUUUUGAGUCAAGGCGUUUUGGGAGACGGCAAGAGAAGGGACGAGGUUUCUCCCCAGGAGCAGAACGCCCUCCGGGGCUCCGCGAACUUGGGGUCUCCAACCCCAGGGGAGUGCAGCGUGGUGUUGGUGGAGGCCCCGAUCCCCGCCGGGCCCGAAGGCUUGUGGUUCAAGUCGUGGGGAAGAAAAGCUUCCAUUUUCUCUCACUUUCAUUUCUGCGACACCAAGCGGUGGCAACGGUUAGCUAGACUGAAACCGAAGCUCAAUGGGUUUCUCUUCGAGCAGAGGUCCCUUUUAUGUCCGGAAGGUUUAACCCUCUGCUCACCCAACCACGUAAAUGGCCGUAGGAACAAGUUUCUAAGAAGCCAUCUUGGGCAAGUUUCCCUGGGCUGCCAUCAAGGUCACGGCGAGAGUAUUUUCUUGAUGUUAAGGCCAAGUCCCUGUAUACCACCAGACCCAUGGUUGCUGUGGAGCUGUAAAAAAUAACAUGUUCCCUCCAUUGUAUUUUUUUCCCUUUCUUCUUCAAUAGGCUAGACAUUCACAUAAUUAGAAGUAAUUCGGAGGGAGUGUUUCAGAAUUAGGAUAUCGCGGAAGUCUCUUCUCAUGUAAAUACAUCCAAGCGUUUGUCUUCAAAAAUUGGGAAAAACAAAAACGAAGGAUUGGCAUACCAGUCUCCCUAGCAAACUUCGUGGACACAUUCAAUUUCUCUCUCAUGUAUAAACAACAUACUCUCACACGGAUCUGUAUGUACUCUUUGUGUAGUAGCUUCAUUUCUUCGUGGGAACUGGAUAUUCUUAUGGACUCGCUGGACAAGACAGGAAAGUGCCAUUUAAAAAAAAAAAAGAAUUUGCAAAAAAAUAAUAAUGAGAGAAAAACCCAUUAUGAGAGAAGUCUACGGAGCAAUAUUUUCAGAAAGACUUUCUAGAACCAAUGGGUUUUUUUUUUUGGUUUUUUUUGCUUGUUUGUAAGUGGAGGAGAGGAGGAAGUGAGAAGGCGUAUAAGGAAUCCUUGGGGUUCGGGCUUCUUUAAUCAGAUAGAGCAAAAAUUAUCUUAUCAGGUUGUUUUGCAGGUCUGCUGUUAAAAAGCCAUAUGGGAGGUUCAAUCUAGCACCUGGGCCCUUCCCAACCCUUCAGAUGCAG